AUAAACCGACAUGUGUUUGUUUUUAAUCGGUUGUUUAGCGCGACCGGUCUGACAGGCCGUUAGAGAUGUAACGUUAACGUUAGUGCUGCUGAGAUGAGACUGACCGACCUCAAAAACCAGUAAAACCAGUCAGAAUGCCGUUACCGACAGUAAACGAGCGAGAGGCUGAAAAUCACACGUCCCUGGAUGGUUUUCCUGCCAAGCUGACGGGUCGCCAGGGGCUGCCGCGCUGCAGGAACUACGUGGGCUCCAGCGUGGACGAGCAGCCGCAUGUCGGCUCCUACCGUCUGCUCAAGACCAUCGGGAAGGGGAACUUCGCCAAGGUCAAGCUGGCACGGCACGUCCUCACGGGACGCGAGGUGGCUGUCAAGAUAAUAGACAAGACCUACAUGACCCAAGCAAGUCUACAAAAGCUUACCAGAGAAGUCAAAAUAAUGAAGUUGUUGAAUCAUCCAAAUAUAGUAAAGUUAUUCGAAGUCAUUGAAAGUGAAAGCACACUUUUUUUAAUAAUGGAAUAUGCCAGUGGAGGUGAGGUGUUUGACUACUUGGUGGCUCAUGGCAGGAUGAAAGAGAAGGAAGCCAGAGCAAAGUUCCGGCAGAUUGUGUCAGCGGUGCAGUACUGCCAUCAGAAGAAAAUAGUGCACAGAGAUCUCAAGGCUGAGAACCUGUUACUGGAUGCCGACAUGAACAUCAAGAUCGCAGACUUUGGCUUCAGCAAUGAGUUCAUGGUGGGAAGUAAGCUGGACACGUUUUGUGGCAGUCCUCCCUAUGCUGCCCCCGAACUUUUCCAGGGCAAAAAAUACGAUGGGCCUGAGGUAGAUGUGUGGAGUCUUGGGGUCAUCCUGUAUACACUCGUCAGUGGAUCGCUACCCUUUGACGGCCAAAACCUGAAGGAGCUGAGAGAGCGAGUGCUGAGAGGAAAGUAUCGCAUCCCGUUCUACAUGUCCACAGACUGUGAAAACUUGCUCAAGAGGCUCUUAGUGUUGAACCCUUUAAAAAGAAACAGUUUAGAGCAAAUCAUGAAGGAUAAAUGGAUGAACGUGGGUCAUGAGGAAGAGGAGCUGCUGCCUUACAAAGAACCCGAGCUCGACUACAGUGACAGCAAAAGGAUCGAGCUGAUGGUGACGAUGGGAUUUCCGAAAGAUGAGAUCACGAAUGCCCUUGAGGCACAAAAAUACGAUGAGGUCAUGGCUACUUACCUCCUAUUGGGUCAGAAACCUCCAGAGUUUGAAGCCAGCGAGUCUGUGUCUAACAGCAGCCUUUGUCCCAAGCCUCGCCCUAUCAGUGACAUCAAUACCAGCUCCAGCCAGUCUCCCACACACGCCAAAGUGCAGCGCAGCAUAUCAGCCAAUCAGAAGCAGCAGCGGCGGUUCAGUGAUAAUGUGGGUCCCUUGAUGCCACCGGUCGUGUCCUACAGUAAACGCAGCUGUAUGGACAGUGAGCAAAAGGAGGAAUGUGAGAAAUCACACAAGCUACUGAGCUCCAGCUCAAAGCCUGAUGUUCCAGCCUCUCCUCUCAACGUCCCAGAAAGGAAAAAAGCCAUUUCUACAGCUGGAACCAAUGGGGGCAUGGCACGUAGAAACACAUAUGUGUGUGAGCGCCUAGCUGACCGCUGUGUGGCUAUCACCAAUGGCAAAGACAGCAGUUUAUCAGAGGUCUCUGGCAGCACUACCUCAGCUCCAGGCACUGCUUCAGCUCUGGCAUCCACAAGACAGAGACACCUCAAGUCCAUGUCCUCCACUGGAGCCUCCUCUAAAACCACCCUGCCCCCAAUAGAAGACAACACUGAAUACAAAGGAAGUCCAAACACCAAGCCUCUGCCCACCUCACCCUCCGAUCACAGCAUUAGCACUCCAGAACACUCUCGUUUUCCACGAGGAACGACCAGUCGCAGCACCUUCCAUGGAGCCCAGCUACGUGAGCGCCGCAGUGCCACCUACAACGGCCCACCCGCCUCGCCCACACUCUGCGACGACACGAGCGACCUGACACCGGCACGCCGUGGCACUUCCACUGGCAUCAUCAGCAAAAUUACCUCCAAGUUUGCCCGCAGGGUUCCUAGUGAAGGAGAGUCAAGUGGCAAGACAGAGACGCCAAGGAGCGCUUCAGGAGAAUCCCGAGACGAGAGCAGAGACUCCAAGCCGCGAUCGCUGCGCUUCACGUGGAGCAUGAAGACGACAUCGUCCAUGGAACCCGGCGACAUGAUGCGCGAGAUCCGCAAGGUCCUGGACGCCAACGGCUGCGACUUCGAGCAGCGCGAACGCUUCCUGCUCUUCUGCGUGAACGGCGACGCACGGCACGACAACCUGGUCCAGUGGGAGAUGGAGGUGUGCAAGCUGCCGCGCCUCUCGCUCAACGGCGUCCGAUUCAAGCGCAUCUCUGGUACAUCGAUCGCCUUCAAGAACAUCGCCUGUAAGAUCGCAGAUGAGCUGAAGCUUUGACAGGGGAACUGAGAGGAGAGGAUCGUUAAGGUUCAAGGUUCAUUCAAGCGUUCAGUGGUAAGUUCGGGUCGUGUUUAGCUAGACCCUGAGGUGCUGCCUUAAGAAUCGAGCACUGCGAUGGAGAGAAUGUUCGGUGCUCUAAUUGUAACGUGCUUUUCCAAUAAAUAGCAGUUCUAGAAAUAG